GCAGGCAGGGCGCGCUUUCUCCCCUCCGACCUUUCGCUUCUCCCAUCCCCCGACGCGCUUCUCUCCUCACUGACCAGCCGCCCUUCUGUGUGUUUCUCUCUCUGUUCCCCCCCCCUUCGCCUCGCACCCGACGCCGCCCCCCCUCCUCUCCCUUCCGCAGUUCCUGAGGCGGCCCGGAGGAAGCGCGUCCGAGGCGGCGGCGGCGGCGAGCCCGAGGAGCGUCCGAGCCCCGUCCCGGAGCAGCCGGGCGGGCGGGAUGAAGAGGGGGCUCCCCCGGCCGCGGCCACGACGACGGCGGCGGCCCCACCAGCUAGGCCCCGCCGCGGCGCUGCCAUGGAAACGGGCGGCGACGGCGGCCGCCGAGGGACACAAAGGCUGCCGGAGCGGCGCUUGAGGCGCGAGCGGGCCGCGCCGCUGCUGAAGGAGGGAGCCGCCGCCGCCGCUGCCGCCGCCAUGGAGGUGGGAGGCGGCCCGAGCCAGGCGGCGGCUUCCCCGCCGCGCUACCGCCUGGUGGCCGAGAUCGGGCGCGGCGCCUACGGCGUGGUGUACGAGGCCGUGUCGGGCCGCAGCGGGGCCCGCCUGGCCGUCAAGCGCAUCCGCUGCGACGCGCCCGAGAACGUGGAGCUGGCGCUGGCCGAGUUCUGGGCCCUGACCAGCCUCCGCCGCCGACACCCCAACGUGGUGCGCUUCGAGGAGUGCGUCCUGCAGAGAGACGGCCUCGGGCAGCGCAUGAGCCACGGCAACAAGCAGAGCGCCCUCUACCUCCGCCUCGUCGAGACCUCCCUCAAAGGUGAGAGGAUCCUGGGCUAUGCUGAAGAACCUUGUUAUCUCUGGUUCGUCAUGGAGUACUGCGAAGGGGGAGACCUGAACCAGUACAUCCUUUCCCGCAGGCCGGACCCGGCCACCAACAAGAGUUUCAUGUUGCAGCUGACGAGCGCCAUUGCCUUCCUUCACAAGAACCACAUUGUGCACAGAGACCUGAAGCCGGACAACAUCCUCAUCACGGAGCAGUCGGGCGCUCCUGUCCUCAAGGUGGCAGACUUUGGGCUCAGCAAGGUGUGCGCCGGCUUGACUGCUCGAGGCAAGGACGGGGGGAACGAUAACAAAAAUGUGAAUGUGAACAAAUACUGGCUGUCUUCGGCUUGCGGCUCAGACUUCUACAUGGCUCCUGAGGUCUGGGAGGGGCACUACACUGCCAAGGCGGACAUCUUUGCCCUGGGCAUCAUCAUCUGGGCAAUGAUCGAGAGGAUAACGUUCAUCGAUGCCGAGACCAAGAAGGAGCUGCUGGGGACCUACAUCAAGCAGGGGACUGAGAUUGUGCCCGUCGGGGAGGCGCUGCUAGAAAACCCAAAGAUGGAGUUGCACAUCCCCCAGAAACGCAGGACUUCCAUGUCCGAGGGGAUCAAGCAGCUCUUGAAAGACAUGUUGGCUGCUAACCCGCAGGACCGACCCGAUGCCUUUGAGCUUGAAUCCAGGAUGGACCAGGUUACUUGUGCUGCUUAAACUCAGGUCAAAGUGUUGGUGUGCUUUGAAAACUGGGGGACCUACAAUCUCCACGACUUACAUGCAUAGAGGAAAACUGAGGAGGCUCCAGGCCGAUCACCGGGAUCUCUGGCGACGUUAAGCAUCGAUAUUCUUCUUAAAAGUCACAUGAGACACCUAAGAGGAGCAGGAGCUGUUGUAACCCAUUUCAUUAUUGAGACUCUUAAAAGUUUAUCAAAUUUAUGUUCCCUCCUUCCUCUCCCCUUGUUCCCUUUCCCCUUCCCAUCCCUUCUGCUCACUCAGCUUUGCUGACCAACUAAAUCUGUGCACAUACUUCUGGAGAAUUCCUUUUUUACCUAAACAAAAUACGGGGUUGGGAUAUGCAAAACAGUUUUUUCUACUGCUGCUAAACACCAGAACUCUGGGUCCAAGAUCUGUUUUCCUUAGUGUUUGUUUUUAGCUGGAAGAGAUUCAGAAGGGAUGUUGGGAUGCCUAGAGCUGAACGCAAGUUGUCAACUCUAGAGGUUGCUGCUGAUUUGGGGAACAAAAGGCAAGCUGGGAUAAACCUUUCUCCUUCUCCCUUUCCUAAAAGUGCUCUUCACCAGUGGAACUUGGCAAUAAGAAGUCAUGAUUACAAGAAUAAACUCUUUCCUUUUUUACGUGGCCACAGGACUACAAGCAGUGUGGUGCCUGAGAAACACCUGCAGUUUUGCAUGCCAAAUUUCACAGGUCAAGAACAUAGUAGUAUUUGGGGGGGGGUGAAGAGAGCCCACACAUGGGCAGGUGUUUUUUCUGCCCUUGAAAAGUCCACCAAUGGGUUUGGUGGCUUGCUUGGCUACUUAAAUGACCGUGAGAGCCUGGACACAUCAAACUGAUCCCUUAACUUUGGGCUCAUUUUGGCUACUUUGGCUUGGUCGAUCUUGCCCAGAACUGCCUUGGUGUAAAGAGAGUGUGUAUUAAGCAUAGCCCAGCUUGCCCUUGGGGCUUGUUUGUGCGAGCAAAUACCUGUACAUAAACCCACUCAAACUCACACUUAAUACCCUCCUGCAGUCCUCUGGUUUGAAACACUCUUAACUCUUCCAAAUAUCCCAUUUCCUAGCUGGCAUUCCAGCAAUUGUUCUUUAGCUGAUCUCUUCCAGCGAUGAGCGGGCCUUUACACUAAACUUACCAGCUGCGCAGAGGGAGGUUCUAAUCCUGUCCAUCUCUUCUUCCGUCGGUCUUGAUUGGCAAUGGUGCUACUACUUUGGGGAUGAGGCUGUUUCUUCCAGGCGCUGUCCAGACCCAUGGAAGUGAAGGGAGCGGCUUUGCCAAGCCAGCGCAAUUCGGUUAACACUUGUUGGCAGUCCACUUGCUGGGUUGCCCGCAUACCUCCACACUACUACUGAGGCUGGUGGCUGUGGCCGUGGCCAGGACUGGUGAGACUCUGGAGGGGAUGCUGUGCUGUUUACUCUGCAGCUCUUGGAAGGCCAGGAAAGAAGUCUCUGCUCUGCGUCCUGCCUUGCUCUUUGCAUUCCCUUUCUUUCUGGGAUGUGGGCAGCCACAACCAGGACAAAAAUCAACCAGAUUCUUCCCUGGAUUUGUGGCUGAGAAGGCUUGCCUGCUUAUUUCAAGGCCUACCAUUUGCAAGUCCUGGUCUCAACUGGAUUUCCUAACGCUGGGGAUCAAUUUGUGCUGAACUUCCUUGGCGCACUACCCAGAAAAACCCUCAUUUAAUUAACUGUCAAGAAAUCUCGGUGUAGGCUAUAGACUUUUUGCUCUUGAUCUAAGCCACAACCUCUCUGUCUGUCUCUCUCUCUCUGUCUCUUGUCCCUUCAGUGAUUCCCUUAAAGUGAAAAUGAUUCACCUUGGCUGGCCCAGAACAGGGUUGAGGAACCUUUGGCCCUCCAGAGAUUGUUGCAAUUCCUAUAAUCCCUGACCACUGGCCAUGCCACUUGGGGCUAAUCUACCAGUUUCCUUGCUGCUGAACUAGAAGGCUCCAGGUGAUGCACAGGUCUUGCUCCUCCUAACCAGGAAUAUAUUUCAACCAGUUAGAACAAAGCAACUUGAAGUAGGUGAGUCAACCAUAGAACAGCCAGAGUCUCAUAACGGCAUUCUCUGGCUCAGCAAUUCGCCCUCUGUUGCUGUUCCACACAACCGUGCUCAUGGCCAGAACAGCAAGAUGUCUUGAUGAGGAGAAACAGUCUGUCGAGAAGAUUCACCAAGGGUUGCUUUGAGUUUGCAACUCGGCUAGCUGGCAAGUUUUGAAACCAUGAGAUCAGUGAGCUCCUUAGGCUUAACCCUUUCAUAUUUCUGAAUGCUAGCAAGAUAGGCGGUUUCCCUUCCUCUUCUCCAGAGCAUCUGUGUGUAGCUGUCUUUGUCGGAGUAGAUUAGUCCUUGCUUCUCACUCCUGCGCCUUUGAGGCAGGGAGGAACCCACAGGAGCAGAUGCGUGACCCAGACCCUGGGAUAAGCUCUGCAAGCAAAUGCCAACCCGUAGCCCAGUUCAUCCUCGCUGCUUCUGGGACUUCAGGCACACAUGCCCCUCUCGUGCUCACGCUGCAGUAAAUGCUUGUGGUUUUGUGGUGGUAGCUUGACCAUAGUGCCUUUAUUUGGAGGGGUGGGGCUUGAAGGAGUCUUGCAGGGGCAGCAUUAGGCCAAGGAAUGAGUUUUCCCCUUCUCACUUGCAUUCCAUUGUUCCCCCCAAAAUGUCGUCUCUUCCCUCUUAUUCUCUGGGGCAGCUUCGUUCGGUUGCCCACUGAAUACAGCUAAAUCUCUUUGGAAAGACCUUAAAUGUUUUUGCAUUGUCCUUGUGAAUCUGCAACAAACUUUUAUGGGCAGGGUGGGAGAUCUGCAAGAUGGCAUCUGAAUGAGAGCAGCGUUCCUUCUUUGAAAGAGCAGGCACACACGCAAGUUUCUCUUGAGGAGGCCACCUGCCCGAUGAGCUGCCCCCAUUUCUGGAUGCUGUCCCGUUUACAGUUGUUUGUGUGAAUACACCGAUCCUUGGAGUCCCAUACUGUAGCCUGGUGUUUCGUCUCCCAACUUCACUCCUAUAGGGAUGGGUGGCAGGAAUCCUUCAUCCUUGGAUGAAUUUAGUAUGGGGAUUGCCAGCUUAUUCCUGAGGAAUGUGAAAUAUCACUGAAGGUCCACGUCACAGUUGUUUUGGAGGGGUUUGACUGACACCACUUUCAUGCGUCGUGUGUAUGACUUUACAUUAAAACUGUUUACAUCCAUGUCGUUCGAAGCUGGCGGUGUGGGCUCAGACCUGCCAGACAUUGUCUUGUAUGGGUGCGGGAAGCGACAGCAGACGGCCUGAGGGGGGAAUUUCACAACUGGCUUCCAAAGUCCCUGACCACUACAACCACCUCCUCCCUUUCCUUGGCUCUUCCUGUGUGUUGCAGGCAUAGCAGACCCAGCCACAAAAUUAGCAACAUUGCUUCUUUUAGUAAUCUCUUUGCAAGCACACAGCGGGUGCUGUCACCUUCUGUACCAGAGUGGGCCACGGUGAAGUUGGGAUGGAGGAUGAGGACAGGGUGACUCCUAACCUCACCACAGGGUACAACUGUCCCAGGGGCUACUGCUGAGCAGUUUGUUGCAGCACUCCUGAGACUUAUGGCUGCCACCUUCUUGCAGGCUAUUUUGGAUGUCCUUUUCAGGGACAGCACCGUUGGUAGAACCAGGGCAUGAAAUUUUGGGCUAUAAUGGCACUGCCCCAUCAAAAAGUCUCCUCCUGUGUUGCUCAUGUCAUGCUCCUGCGUGAAGCCCCUGGGCAAGCAGGCCGUGAUAGUCCUCACCAGCCUUUCGUGGUUUGGUUGGAUGACAAUCCUUAGGGAAGAUUUGGCCAGUGAUAUUUGAUGCCCCGGGCGCUUCCAUGCUUCCAGUGCUGCUCCUUGAGAAUUAAAUGCCGCAGGAAACCCACCAGUUUCUCUUAAGCUAACGUGGCUGUUCUCCUGGCAACGUUGCUCCCUUUUCUCCCCCUCCAGUAUCUCCCUGAACCUUGUUUUUCUUCCAUGGCAGAGGUCAAGGGGAAUCAGUAUACUUAAGGGGCCCCUCUUUCUCCUCCUCCUCCUUCUGCUGCUGCUGUUUUCAGGAUUGAGGUGCUAAUAAUGGGUGGCAAUUGUCUUCCCUUUCCCCUGGCGCUUUGGUUCCGUCAGGAUCCCACUCAGACAUCUCCAAACACUGUCAAGAGUAGAGCAAUAAACAUCCUCCACUCCUGGUGGGAGAGAGAACGCAGUCUCUGUGAAUUCCUUGUCUUUCUCCCCCUCUCUCCAUAUAUGCAGUUGUCUAGUCCAGAUUUAACCUUGCUGAGUUUCACUCUAGCACAGCUUACAGUUUAAGCCAAGGGGUAUUUUUUACCUGGGCUGCACCUGGCUUCUCCUUUCAACAGAAACACAUCUCUGAAGCAAACGCACCUAAGAGACAGGAUUGCUCUUCCAUUUAAACAGACUUGCACCCCUUCUAUCAGAGGUUGUAUGUGGAAGGGCAGAAGCACAACGAGGGACUUAAAUUCCCGCUCUCCGAAGUAGACCUCUACCAUCCACCUUUGGCUUGGGACAGAGGCUGUUGGACCUCCCUCUUGUGACAUAUGUCACCGUCUGUUGCUUCCCCAGUCUCAGUGUUUCUCAAACUUUGGGUCUCCGGCUGUUGUUGGACUACAAAUCCCAUCAUCCCUGACCACUGGUCCUGCUAGCUUGGGGUGAUGAGAGUAGUAGUCCCAACAACAGCCGGAGACCAAAGUUUGAGAAACGCUUUCCUAUUUACUUGAGUCCAAGGUACCUAACUGAGGGUGGGUGACCAAUUACCCUGGAAGCUGCUUUCUGGGUGCCCAGUGCCAUGUGUCCACUCAGCUUGGACCACUUCCUUGGCAUGAGUCUUUAUCCGGACGUCCCAACGCCAGCAGCAGCUUUCCGCUGACCGGAAUGACUGUUGCAGAAAGCUGCCCAGAGCUACUAUCUGGGUUGCUUUUCUCCAAGGCGUUUUUAAGUCAUGGGACGCCAGUGCUUGAUCGGCAAGAUGGAAAAGCCACCUCACCCCUCCUUGCUUGGGUGUGUUUCUCUGCUGUAGAGCUUCCCUAGUUGCAAGGAAGCCGAGUCGAAGGAGAAAGCGGGAUGCAUGCAUCAAAGUCACAGCUUCUCGCUCAGGUGGUCACUCUGUGUUUAGCUGUACCGGUUAAGAGUGUAGGUGAGGUCUCAUAUAUAGAAGUCACUUGUUUUCUUAACAAAAAAAAACCACCACAUAGGAAACUGGCAUCAAGAAGAUUUAGCCGCCUCUCUGCUCUACACCAAGUUUUCUGAGCAGAGGGCUGGAGGAGCACCCCAUUAUGAACCACCACCACCCCAAAACACAUCCACACACACUUGCAGUCUGAAAUGACACAGCAAAGGUAGCCCACCUUGGUCUGAACUGGCCAUAGUCCAGCCUUCCCUCCCCCUGCCUCCAACCUCAUCCCUUUCUCUCUCCCCUUUUUUUUCCGUUUGGUCCACUUGCGAGUUUGGCCCACCUUAAGCUUGACUGGACACGGGUCUUCUUAAACCUGGAAAACCUGCACACACAAGGGAAAGGCUUAAACCCAGACUCCAAAACACAGUUUCCAAUUUUGCAAUUUCUCAUUUUUCUUUGCACAGAAGCUGGUAACCUAGGACCUGUGUGCGCGCGUGCGUGUGUGUGAACAACUUUAUAUGUUGUUGGUUGUUGUUUUUUUUAAGCUAUUUGGUUUACUUGGGUUGGUGUGCGACCUUGUAUUUAAGUUUCUUGAACACUGUGGAAACCCUGAUUGUGUAUGAAUGGCAGCGGUUUUGUAAAUUAAAGAAACGUUUGUGUGAAUAAACGUAGAGGAUGGGGUUGAAAAGCCAUACCCAGUUUUGAGAUGAA